GCCACCCACCGCCAUGGACUCCCGUCUGCCUGCCUGGGUGCUGGUGCUGCUGGGCCCUGCCCUGGUGUUCGCGUUGGGCCCCGCGCCCACCCCAGAGAUGCGUGAGAAGUUGUGCGGCCACCGCUUCGUGCGCGCGCUGGUGCGCGUGUGCGGGGGCCCCCGCUGGUCCAUGGAGGCCAGGAGGCCUGCGGCUGGAGGCGACCAGAGGGAGUCUCACUCUUUUUCCCAGGCUGGUCUCAAACUCCUGAGCUCAAGUAAUCCUCCCAUCUUGACCUUCCAAAGUGUUGGGAUUAGGGACGUGAGUUGCUACAGUGGCUGGAGAGACGACAUCUGCUCCAUGGGCUGGUGGCCGACAGUAAUCCCACGCUGGGACCUGGCCUGCAGCCCCUGCCCCAGACCUCUCACCAUCACCGCCACCACCGUGCAGCUGCCACCAACCCUGCACGCUACUGCUGCCUCAGUGGCUGUACCCAACAAGACCUGCUGACCCUCUGUCCCUACUGAUUCCUCCUUGGGUGCAGCCUCAGAGUGGCCUGAGGCCCAGAGGGUCUGGUCUGGUGAGCUCCUGAGGCCACACAGCACCAUAAAGUCUCGCGUCUGCAGGCCUUUGAUUACCUCCUGGGAUGGGGUGCUCACUAUCUACCCCAGACCAAUGCCACCUGCAGCCUGUGGAGUCAACUGCAGAAUAAAUCACACCCUAGCCCUGGCUUGGAGGAUCCCCGCUUUCAGAGAUGCUGGACACUGACAGCCAAAUGUCCUCACUCCAGAGGAGCCCCAGACGCUCCGCUCCCUGCAUGUGUAACACCCCUUCUUGCUGUCUCUUAGUAAAUAAACGACCCAAAGCAG